UCACGGAAAAAUAAGGCUACCUAAUGGACCUUAUUUGCAUAAUACUUUAUUCGGCUGGAUAAUAUCCGGUGCAAUAUAUCAUAAAUCACUAAAUGAUAAUGCUGGUCAUAUCCAGUGUAAUUAUACACAAACGAUGGAUGCGCUAUUACGACAAUUUUGGGAACUUGAGGAGCUACCCAAGCGUCAGGAUGCGCAGACUGAUGAGGAUCAGAUAUGCGAAAAUCACUUCCUCACUACAACUACGCGAAACAGUGAUGGCAGCAUCGCUUCGUGGCAUGCGCCGACGUUGCGAAGAUGUAUAGGCAAGUCCUGGUGCGCGAGCAACAGCGCCACCUGCAGUUAAUUCUCUGGCGAGACACUCCAUCGGAGCCUCUAGGGAUAUAUCGUCUAAAUACAGUCACUUACGGUACCGCAUCUGCUCCCUUUCUUAGUGUACGCUGUAUAAAGCAGUUAGGCGUCGAAUCUAAUAAUCUUGACGUUCAGAGAAUUAUCAAGGAGGAUUUCUUUGUAGACGACUUAGUAACGGGAGAUGAUGAUAAAUCUAGGUUAUUGUAUUUAUGUAAUGAAAUCGCUCAAACAUUACAGUCAGGAUGUUUCCCACUUCGAAAGUGGACAUUCAAUUUUAUGCACAAUGAUUUAAUGUCAUCUCAUGAUUCGCUUGAGCAUUUAUGUUUAAAUAAUAACAGUAGUUCUAAAACUUUAGGCAUAGGCUGGCUAAAUAUGUCAGAUGAAUUUUAUUUCAAUACGCUUUAUGAUUUUGAUAGUAAUUCGCAAGUUAUAACUAAGCGCUAUAUUUUGUCACACAUAUCACAAAUAUUUGAUCCUCUUGGAUUAAUUAGUCCAUGUAUCAUGCAGGCUAAAAUUAUUUUGCAGCGUCUAUGGCUGUUAAAAAUUGAUUGGAACGAUCCAGUUCCAAUUGAUGUCAUUGCGAUAUGGAAUAGAUUUGUGUCGUCGCUAAGCGUUCUUAAUAAUAUAAGGGUGCCGCGCUGUGUACUAGGUGAUAGUUCAAAUUAUACGACUAUUGAACUACACAUAUUUACGGACGCUUCACAAUUAGCGUACGGUGCUUGUAUUUAUGUUCGCACUAUAAGCGAUAAUUCAAAUAUUUCUGUGCGUUUAUUAUGCGCUAAGGGUAAGGUUGCACCUCUAAAACCGGUAAGCAUACCGCGCUUAGAAUUGUGUGGUGCAUUGUUAGGAGCUAGAUUAUAUGAUAAGAGUGGAGCAGAUGAGGCAGCAUUUUUGGUCAAGAUGGAUGAAAGAGUACAUCUCGGAGCUUCAAUCCCGGACAAAGUGGAAGGCAAACGAUGA